CCCUGUUAUUGCCGAUACGGAGCCCCGCCGAUCCUUCACGACUGGACUACCGACGUAAUCUGCCCGAGUGUUUUUUUCAACUGGCUCACCGGCCGUGACGUCCCCUGAAUGCCCAUCUGCUAGGAUGCUAGCCGCGGCCCGCUAGCUGUCUAGAGCACACCGGACUGUUAGCUGAAGAGGUCCAUCAGCCAAUUUUUUGGGGGGCUACUAUACUUAUUUUGCCAAUUGGCCUGGACCCUUUUACUAUACGGAGUCCUGCUGAUCCAUCACGACUGAUCUGCCGACGUAACCUUACGAAGGGGCUACAACUGACUUCUUCCGUCGCGACGUCCCUCUAAGGCCCAUCUGCUAGCCUUCUAGCCCCGGGCCUCUAGCUGUCUGAAUCGCCGUGUCUCCAGCUCGACCAGCUAGUCACUGGACCCGAUGAUCACUCGGCUACGCAUGCCUCUCCCUAAUGUCAAUAUGCCUUGUCCAUUGCUGUUUUGAUCCUUGGUGGAUUAUUGGUUAAAUGACUCAGACUGUAAAUGAACAAGACGUGUACCCUGGACCCAGUCUCCAAUAUUAUCCAGAAUGCAUCCUAGGAGGACCAGGAAGGGGCUUGCCCCACAGAGCCCACCCCAGUAACCUCUGUCUGGGUCCCACCCCACCCGGAUGGCCUCCCAACCCCCUGUGAAGCAGUCCGCACCCUCUCAGCAGAGGUGCAGCCGAGGCCCUCCACCCCCAUCUUGCCCUUCGCUCCAGUCCUCACUCCGCUCUGUCCAUCUCUGGAAUGAAGACAGCCAGUAGGGCCCGGCCCCGCUCCCCUAGCCCCCAUCCCCGACCACCACGCUCCCCCAGUCCAGGCCCCCAGCUCGUCCAAAUGAGGCGCUACAGGCCUGGGGUCGGGGUGGGAGUGUACCCCUUCCUGUUCCCCUCGGUCAUCAGCGCUCUGCCCCUGGCUAACCGGCGGGCUUCUCCCCCGGCUCCGAGGCUGCAGGUCCAGCAGCCCUCCAGCAGCAGUAGUACUCCAUCGCCUGCAGCCAUCGAGACCCAGAGCACCAGUUCUGAGGAGCUGGUCCCAAGUCCCCCGUCCCCCCUGCCCCCGCCCCGUGUCUACAAGCCCUGCUUCGUGUGCCAGGACAAGUCCUCGGGGUACCACUAUGGUGUCAGCGCCUGCGAGGGCUGCAAGGGAUUUUUCCGUAGAUCCAUUCAGAAGAACAUGGUGUACACGUGUCACCGGGACAAGAACUGCAUUAUCAACAAGGUGACCAGGAACCGCUGUCAGUACUGCCGGCUCCAGAAGUGCUUUGGUGUGGGCAUGUCCAAAGAGUCUGUCCGGAAUGACCGCAAUAAGAAGAAGAAGGAGAGUCCCAAGCCAGAGCUGACAGAGAACUACGAGCUGAGUGCAGAACAAGAGGCCAUCAUAGAGAAGAUACGCAAGGCUCAUCAAGAGACCUUCCCAUCGCUCUGCCAGCUGGGGAAAUACACCACGAAGUCGAGUGCGGAACAACGUGUGAGGCUGGACCUGGGGCUGUGGGAUAAGUUCAGUGAGCUGGCUACUAAGUGCAUUAUAAAGAUCGUGGAGUUUGCCAAACGAGUGCCUGGCUUCACAGGACUCACCAUAGCUGACCAGAUCACGCUGCUUAAAGCUGCCUGCCUUGACAUACUGAUUUUGCGUAUCUGUACGCGGUACACUCCGGACCAGGACACCAUGACGUUCUCAGACGGGCUGACCCUGAACCGGACCCAGAUGCACAACGCAGGCUUCGGCCCGCUCACUGACCUGGUGUUCACUUUCGCCCACCAGCUGCUGCCCAUGGAGAUGGACGACACAGAGACAGGCCUGCUCAGUGCCAUCUGCCUCAUCUCUGGAGACCGUCAGGACCUGGAGGAACCCUCUAAGGUCGACCAGCUCCAGGAGCCUCUACUGGAAGCUCUGAAGAUCUACGUGAGGAAGAGGAGGCCCAGCAAGCCACACAUGUUCCCCAAGACCCUGAUGAAGAUCACUGACCUCCGCAGCAUCAGCGCCAAAGGUGCGGAGCGGGUCAUUUCGCUGAAGAUGGAGAUCCCUGGGUCCAUGCCUCCUCUGAUCCAGGAGAUGCUGGAGAACUCAGAGGGCCAAGACGGCCAGAGCAGCACCGAGGGCGAGGACGGCAGCAGCCCCAAGAAGGGAAUCCCUAAGGGGGGUAAACCCUGCCCUGUGUCCCCUGACCCUGACCCAGAUGCUUCAGACAGCGACGGGCCCACAGUGGCCCCCAAGGUGGAGGAGGAAGAGGACCCCUAGGUCCCCGUGGAACUCAGGGGCCUCUCAGACUGACGCUCUCUCUGUCGCUGACAUUCCUUUGCAAAAAAAGAAUUGAAAAUAGGUCACCCGCAUGGUGGACCCCCCUCCUUCUCUCCUCUCCUCUUCCCCUCAGGCCCUUGGUCCCUUAGCGAACCACCACCACCUUUGCUUGUUCUUAUGUUAUCCUUUACGUUUGUUUUGCCUUCUCUCUCUUUAUCGCUUUAUUUUCCCUUCAAAAAAUGACAACACUAAAACCUAAAAGGACCAGUGGUUGGUUUGUGUAUAAUUCUACAUUUAUUGAGCUCUUAUUUUGGCGUUGUGUCUCGGGGACUAGGGUGUGAUUGGUCGAGUUGGGUUUGACCUCGCCCGGCCACGCCCACUUACUUGUUGUACACAAAGUCAUAGGUCAUCCUCCUCAGGUCUCCUGUAUAAAUUCAUCCCUGCAUGAUGGACUCGACAAGUUUAAUACGUAGUUUUAAUCUCUCUUUCUCUCCCUCUCGCUCUCUGUCUCGCUCUCUCUCCCUCUCUGUCUCUCUCUCUAUGUCUCUCUCCCUCCCUCUGUCUCUCUCCCUAUGUCUCGCUCUCUGUCUCUCU